CAAGCCAAUAGAAUUACGUUUAUUUUUAGCCACGCCCCCAGUCGGUGUCCACAGUCUCCUUACUGAGCAGAGGGGGGUUUAGUGUUGCUGGCGGCAGUCUACAGGGUCACGUUGCGCUGGAAGUGUUGAUUUACAGAAUAUUACAGAGACCUCGGGAAGCCUGGAAGAUGCCUGUGCAUGUGGACGACAUCAUGAAACUCCUCUGCCACGUUUCAGACCAUGAGAAAAUGAAAGCGACCGUAAAGCAUUCUGCAAAAGGAGCUCUAGUAGCCGCCGCAGGAGCCUUUUUCGGAGGUUUGGUUGGAGGUCCUCCAGGAAUAGCCGUAGGAGGCGCAGUAGGAGGAGCAAUGGGAGCAUGGAUGACCAGUGGGCAGUUCAAGCCUAUACCUCAGAUUAUUCUUGAACUUACCCCUGUGCAACAACAAAGCCUAUGUGAUGAUGUUUAUCUUCUCAUCAGAAAUCUGGACUGGACGGAUGCAACUCAACUCAUCAUGCUUGUCAUGGGCAAUUGUUCAUUAAAACAGCAGGUGGUAGCAGCUCUCGUUAACUACAUAUCUAAGGAACUGCAAGCUGAAAUUCAGUAUGGGGAUUAGGUAAUUCAGUUGCCUUAUUACUAGACCUGCUGCAAGACUUAUUAUGUAUCCAGUGCCUAUGGAAUUUAUUGAGGCGAAGAAGAAAGAGCAACCAGAUGUGGUUAAUUGAAGUAAAAUAGAACCUGUUUGUUCAGCCUUAGUUGCGUUACUAUAGGGUGAACAAGUGAAUCUUUGCUUCUCAGUUAAUUUAAAUGCCCUUUGGUUGGGAAUAAAUAAUAUAUUUUUGGCCUAAGGGUGCUUUUUACAGAAUGAUUUAAGGAAUAUCAAUAUUAUUUAUGAUGGUUAUUUGAAGGUUUGCAGUGAUGCGACUUACAUCUUAUAAUAUGAUAUUAUUGCAAUUUGAUUCAUGAUCCUGGUAAAGAGAAGAAGCAGGACAGGCUGAAGAUGUCAAGGUCUCAAAGCAUUAAAACCAGGAAAAUACCAAACACUGAAGACAGGUGUAGUGGGGAGAUCCCCUGCACGUUUAUUAGUCACUAAAGUUUUGGGGGCGUGCCCCGACGUCAGACAUGUCAGGCACACCCCCAAAAUGUUACAUUGAGUGACUAAUGUGCAGGGAAUCUCCCCACUACACCUGCCUUCAGUGUUUGGUUUUUUCCUGGUUUUAAUAUUUUGGGAGAGGUGCAGACUCCUCCAACCAACACAGGGCAUUCACUUUUUGGAGAGGCUUGGGUAACAAAGGAAGACUGUUUGCUAAAGGUCUCAAAGCAGACAUGAGCCUUAAUAGGUACAUUUUAAAUAAAACCUGUUUCUGUGUAUUGAAUUGCAAUUAAAAAAAAAAUCAGGUUUCAUGGGA